AUGGUCAGAUCCAUUAACUUAGUUACCGGUAAAUUUCAAAUAAAAAGUCUCAAUCGCAUUCCUCUCAACCCUAAAAGUUAUGGCAUUUUUCAAAAGAUAGACGCAAUCUACAAGAAAAACUUGUCUAUCCAUCCUCCACAUGUUAUUGACAGCAUCAAGAAAAGCGUGAAUCCGAUCUGUCAGAAGAAGAAACUACAAGCUUUGAAGGAAGUGGUGAGCAAUUUUCAUUGACUUGCAAGAAAAGCACCAUGAAAUCAAGGAGGUUCAAAGAAAUAGUACUAGUAGUGGAAUUUUUCAACCCACUGUCCUUCUCUAAUCUAAUCCUCCAGUUUUGAGGCUGUGCUUAGCUUAGUGUAGGUCCCUGCCAUGCAUGGAAAAAACAAAACUGGGAAAUUAAGGUGAGAAUGCAAAUCCCCAUGCCACAUGAUAAUUGUAGUUAAAUUAAUUCCAAACGCACCUGUUCUGAAAUAUUCAUGAAAUGUAUUAUAUUCGGAUUACAUAACUUGUAUAAGAACACAAGGUGUUAAGGUCUUACAUCUGGCUUAAAGGUAAAAAAAAUUGCCUUUAUUUUGCAUCAUAUGAAAGAUCAAGCAUAACACUAAUGAACUCCAAAAGGUGAGAUUCUUCCUUGCGCUACUUUUGAAGAAAUUGAAGGGUAAAUUUUGUUUUCAAGGGCGCCAUUUUGCAACCCCAUAUUGGAGUUGCAGGCUCAUAAUCACGCAUCGGUAACUGUCCGCAUGCGCGUUGAAUUUCUGUUUGAGUGCUUCAUCAUGAUAUCUUGCGCGCUGAUCUAGCAGACUUUACAGUAUAUUGGAACCCAUAAGGUAAGCCAUGUUCAUCUUUUUGUAAGUUCUCUCAUUAAGCUUCUUAUGAUCCAAACAUUCGUGUUUUCCAAAAUAGAUCAUGGAAAGUAAUGCAGAAGCCAUCGAACUCUAUCAAACCUUUUGUGUAAACGCGGUCGUCUCUUGACUUCAGUUUAUCCAAAUAGUUUAGGAACUCGUUCUUCUUUUGUCUUCUUCUUUUGUUAAUUAAUUCAAUACGCUUUCUUUUCUUUUUCAGCCUUGAGUUACCUGUAAACCUGAGAGACCUGCUGGUUAACACGAGAUCUUUAUCAGGGAAGACCCAUGGGCCCAACAAAGAACUCUGAUUGUUUAUUUACAGGGAAAUGUUUACGUUUUUGGCGGUAAAAAAUCUCGAAACAAUGCCUUUAAAAUGGGGUCUGGUUUUCUUUGGAAUCCAUGAUUUCAUUUAUAACUUUUUGCGGUCGGAUUUAAAUCAACAGCAAGAUAACGCAUUCGGUUGGGAACAUAGAAGAGUAUACUGAAGGUGUGAAAUUUGCAACUGCAUUCCACGUGCACUCCAUUUGAUCAACACUCCGUGCAGCUGCAAAUCGCAAGAGAAUGCCAAGUUUGUGGCUUUUCGAUCCAAUAUUCUGCUUCCAUGUUUUUCUCUCUUUUGACAUUUUGAUCGCACAAAUGUUUUACACUGAGAAUCUCCAAUAAGUAGGCUUAUCUAUUGUUCAUCUCCGUCGACCUUAGUCAGUUUUGAAAUGGGCUUAUCCUUUUGCUAUAAACCGUUCUUUUUUCUACUAUGGAGCAGACUAGUGUAAUCAAGUCCUUGCGCUACUUAGUAGCCCACCACUGUCCUCACUCUAAGAAGUAGGGUCUAUAUCUUCAUGAGUUUAUGUUAAGACUGAAGCUGAUCACUGCAGUAAUGAAAAUCUUUAGAUUAGUAACCAAUCCUAAACACUUCUACACAAAUACCUAACACCUAGCACAUUGAAAUGUAUAUUUCUCUUCCUUUUUUAGCAUCAAAAUGGCAGAGGGUGGGUCAUCCCUCAUACAUCACCCCAAAAUAGUUGACACUAUUCGUCAACUAUAUCCUGGGGAUACAAAAAAUUAUACACCCAAGAGUAACAAGGUAACAAAAAUAAUUCAGCUUAUGCCAAGAAACUUAAGUAAAAUGUUACGACUGUUUCUGUCAUAGAGAAAGAGCAUUUACGAAGUAACACUGGAGGAACUCAUAAAAGUUUACAAGGAGGCUAAUCUGAGGGAUGGCUUACAGGUAAGCACUUUUUCUAUAGGUGGAAUGUUAAGCAAACCACUUUUGGCUUACUAAACCUAUAUAGUAUAUAAACCUUGCAAUGGUUUCAACGAACUGGUAAUUCCACUGAUGAAGGGCCAGGCCCGAAACAUUUGGAAAGGAUAAUUUCAACCUAAACACGGCACUUUUGUUCACGAUUUCUUUAUUUUUAAUGAACAUUUUGUUACUUCUAAACCUAUCGCAUUCGCGGAAAACGGCUCAGUAUUCUGUGAGAUAAGGCUUAAUGCGUUAUUGACCCAAAUCCGUUUGGGGCCAUGGAUCUGGUAGUUCAUCCAGAAGAAAAGAUGAGCAAGGCAGGAAUGGCCAUUACUUGACUGCAUUUUUUACAGCAAGAGUAAUAUUACUAAUAUCUCUUUAAUAGAAGAGACAAUCAAAAUGGAAGAUGUAAAAUGUACAUUAGUCCUAUAUUUUAAUGACAUGACUACCCUAAAAAGAGUCCCAACCCUCCUUGAGCAGGACUGCAUCUUAUCUCCCUAUUUUUUGUCACCAUUUCCUUGCGUUCAUUUUCUCUCUUUUUUUUACCGCAAGAACAAGAGGCCCUAGCUCACCAGCAGCCAAGAAACAAAACAAAAAAAAGAAUUAAAAAAAAUUAGGGUAGCCACUUCCAUCUGAUUUCAAAUAAAUGAUUUUAAUAUCCAUUUUGGUUUUUUUUAAAUAAAAUAAGCUAACAUGCACAAUUUAUUGUGAAAGUAGUCUCAAAAACAACUCUCUUUGGAGAUUUCAUAAAAGUGGACAUAGGAGUCCAGGAAAAAAAGGAUUUUUUCGUGCUGUUUUCUACUAAGAAAAUGCGACACAUAAAUACAAUUUUCCACAGUUUAAUGAAGGUCUUGUUUGAUGAGUAAUAGUGGGGACUAGACAAUAUUGUAAGUUCAUAUCCUAUAUGUUAAUAAUUACUGACAACUGUGACUGACCAUACACACCCAACUGGGAACAAGACAUUAAAAUUACAUUAAAGUCACCCACAUGGAUUCUCCCACCCCUUGAUUAGUACAUGAAUUUCAGUGUAGAGUGAACUACUGGUACUCAAGAGAGGCACAAACUGUUCAAAUUAGCAUGGCUUUAAGUUUACUGCGGCCAUAAAAUUUUCUGAAAUCUAAACCAAACGCAAUCCUUAGUGACUUCACAUUAUCAAAGUUACACUUAUAAUAUCUAGAGAUGCAGUAAAGACAUGAAAAGCAUUGAUCCCAAUUUUUGAUUAUUUGAAUUUGCUGGAGGUCAUGGUCUAAAUUUUGUUUGCCGUUGUGUCUGGUGUUUGUUAAGGAAAUCAGUAUGGGUAGUAACAGGUGGACCAUUGACAUAUAAGGAUGGCAUGUUCUCAUCUGUCUUCUGAGAUUUUCGCCUUUCAUACAAACCCUUCAAUUCAAAAUCAGAUUUUGCUAACCGCAUUCCCCUGUCCUUAAUCAGUUUUAUUUUAGAGGGCCCUCAUCGCAGCCACCACCAGCACCUCCAUAAUCGUUCUCGUCAUCACUACUAACCUCCUUAAUAAUGUUAUGUAUGCAUACUUCUUUCUCUGCUACUUCUGACAAGUAUGCUGCGCGCGACUGUUCAGGUACUUGAAAUUCGUCAUUCGAUAACCUAAGGUUAGGCAGCUGGCUAGCAAAGUCAACAAGAAUUGAUCAAACACUUCUUGCGAAUAUCUUCCUUCCCAAACUGUGACUCUAACAAACUAAACUACAAAAGCUGACCACUUCCACACAACCUCUCGAAGAAUAUCCAGUAGGACAACAGAAUUCACAUCUAGACAAGGCAAACCUUUUUAUACCGCUACUGCUACCAGUUGAUGGCCUGUCAUUUCUAAACUGGGUAGGAGAGUGAUGUCUCAGUGCAUUGGUUUACAUGGUUUUCAUCUGGCUAUAAUGAUGGUUCUUCCAAACAUGUUUGUGCAAUAUCCAGCGGUCUUUUGUUAUUUACUUCACCUGGUAUCAUUUCCUUAUCUUUUUCAUCUUUGGAACACUCAGAUUCUGACCUACUGCUUGCCAAAUAGGCAUCUAGAGUACGACCAAUAGAUUGCAAGUACACCUUUCGCUAAGCGUUUGCAAAGUACAAAUGCUUGCUCUUGAUGGCACUUUUUUUUUGCUGUCACAGAUACCACCUUCACAACUCUUUUUUUUUGGCUAGACAUGAAAAUUCACUUUUCUGAACAGAUUUACAGAUUAGAGAUUUUACUGUUUUUACACUGUUUACACAUUGGUUACAUUGGAAUUUUAAUUUAUGUAAGUUCCUGUACUUGCUCACAAAUCGAGCUUUUGAGUGCAUAGCGCUACAGUGAGCGUGAAGCGCGAUCGUACGAGCACCGAGCGUGAAGCGCGAGCAAAAGCUCUACUUGUUUCCCUUGCAGAGAAUCACAUCAAGUGACAUCAUUUUGGCGCGAGCUUCUCAGGAUGCUGCAUGCGGCGCUGCCUGUCAAACUGUCUAAAUACUUUUCGCACCUCGCGAAAUCGAUCGAUGGUUUGGUAAUGGAAUGGAGGAGGAAAAUACACCAAAACUUUUAUUCAGGUUGCUGUGCCAGAAAACAUUUGAUUACAAUGUGGCAAACUGGUAAACAAUUCAGCGUUACGGAGAAAGUUAUUUUCAGGGAAACAGAAGACAAAAACUUGUCAAAGUCUGGAGCUUCUUCUAGGAGAUGUGUUUCCGCGAGACAACGAAUUGGGAACUAUUUGCCGAAACUGCUUGGAACACAACGAAACGGUUACAAAGAAAAUUUUUCAAGUUAGGGCUAACUUUUCUGGACCAAAAGGAAAUAUAGGAAACAAUUUGCAAAGCUCUGUCGUAGUAAAGCGCUCGACAAAAGUUGAAAGAGCUGAGGUACCCGAACAAGGUGCGAUUGGGCGAAGAGCUUCGACAAAGAAGAGCUUUAUUUGCAAGUGAGGCAGAUUUAGCUUUGUUGACGGUAGAUGAAGUGACCAAUGCUGACCCAGAGCCAAAACCUCUUCUCAAGACAAGAGAUGCCCGUACGCAGACGAAGCCUCAACUCGCAAAUACUGAAGAAAAGAGUUCAUCGGUGGACGUAAGUAAUUUUCUCGCCUUUGAAAUUUUUCACGACUGUGUAGUUCGGCCGGAUCUCGCAUUAGCUAAUCAAAAUGAUUCAAAAGACUUCGGGUAGACUUUCUCAAAGUCGUUCACACGGUUUUCUGGUCUGGUGUGGUAGGACCCUACACGCUCAAAAGCUCUACUUGUGAGCAAGUCUAUUAGCCGGGCGAUGGUCACGUUAGUUAUUAUUUUUGUUUUGUCAUUCAGCCAAAUUUACCUCCAAACUUCAAGACAUACACACAUUGUCUUACAUAAAAAUAUGAAAAUCUUCCUUUGAUAUAGCAGCACUAUACUCUGUGUUAGUAAGUAAAUCCUUUUUUAUAAAGAAUCAAGGCUGACGUUUUUUUAUGGAGUCCAUUUUUUUUUAUUCCGAGCUUAUUAUGUCAUUUAUGGAGAUGUAAGCAAGCUAAAGAGCAAAGCAACAUAAACAAACCUUUACCUCAUUAUAUUAAUUUACCUUUUACUGUAGACUUAUAAAAGAUCAACUAUUGAUCUGUUGCUUUAAAAGACUAACGAGUUUUAAUUAAUUAAACUUCUUAUAUUUUCACACUCAGAUUGUCAUCAAUUUCCCUAACCACCUUCCUCGGAAGGUACAUCUGAAGGAAGAUUUGUAUACCACUGGUAGGCAACUGGCCACUGGAACUUUCAAGUCUGUUGCUGCUACCCUAAUGAAGCACCAAGGCAUGAGGGAUGCACUGUAUGGAGAAGCAUGUGAUGGUGUCAACAAAGAAAUACAAGAUUUAUGCUGCAUAGGAGAACCUUCACUGCUAAGAGCCACAAGCGCUGAAGAUUUGGCUUGCAUAACAUGGGAGAAGAUUAAUAAUGAACUUAAGGACAGAGCCCCUAGAUUCCACCAGUUCUUGAAGAAAGUUGGAUUCCAAAGAUUGUCAUCUUUAUACCAUAGCAUGGGGUACAAAGCCACGAACACGAUGUUUGAGAAGUUUGGAAAAGACUUUGAUAAAGAUUUGAAAGUCUGGAAAGAAACAGUGGAGAAAGAUUCAAAAAAGGAGAGGAGCCUCAUUGAGAAAGAAAUGAAGAACACACUCAAGCCAAAGCUGAGUUGCAGAACCAUAGGCAUGCACCCUGGGUACUCCUUCACUGGGGACAAUGUGGAUAUAAGGUGCAAACCCCGACAAAUGACAAUGAAGAACCGAAACAAAGAUCACCACAUGUUUCAGUUGGUGGCAUUUCAAAACAGUGUCUCCGAAUCAUCUGCCAAAUGAUGCACCCAAGAGUGAUGUCAUGAAAGAGCCAUUUACAACAUUCCUACCAAGUGUGGAUGAGCAGGCUCAACUUGUUGAAGAAUUGGUCAUUCUUGUUGGGCAGAAGUGGGCAUUAAUUAUCCCAGCACUUGCAUGGUUUCAAUGACCAUCUCCCAGCAAGGAUACAUCAUGAACACAUGGAACAAAUGAAGACAAAGACUAGAAAGGUAUCUUUUAAUUCCUGUACAUGAUCAAUCAAAUAUUUGUUUCAGAAAAUGUAUUAAAUGUCCCCCUCAGGGCAUUUAUUAUGUCUUUUGUUUUAAACUACGGGAAGAAGGGCACAACACCAGCUUAAGUGUAGGCAUGUGUUGUGAAACUUGUCUGAUCAGAACCUUAUGGACAACUCUACUUGGCUCUGAAAAUUACAAGAUAAGAACUGAAUACUUGCAUCUUCUACAACAGGUUCAUCUUUAUGUAUUAGGCAAAAACGAGCACUCUGAAGAAGACAUAAUUGAUAUUCUUCAACGGCUUUAUCCCUAUGUACCUGGUCAUUCUGAUACUGAUGAUGCCAACAAGAAGCGAAUAAAAGUACUGAGUGGAGGUGACUACCUGACUUUCGAACGACAUAAAGAAGCUCAGUCAGCAAUGCAGGAUGCAAGAACACCCUCUACAAGGCUAGUAGGGUUAAUCCCAAAGACAGAAGAUUUCCACACUCAAGCUGAGUGGGUAAAAGUUAGUGGAGAUGUUAAGUAGCUAUUUAUUUCAAUGAAACAAAAUCAAGCAGAUUAUUAAUGCAACAUUAACUUUUGAAACCCCCCUUCUCUACCUAAAUAUCAGUUAUUGACUUUUAAUUGCAGCAACCUUUGGGGUGGGGCUCACAAGAAAGGAGAUUCCACCAUAAUUUGAGCCCACAAAGCCUGAAGUUCUCAUUCUAGCUGCCGAGGCUGUGAGUUGUCGCAGGGAUUGUAUCCAAAAAAUAGGCACCCAGAUCAUUUCCUUUGGCACCCCAGCUUACCAGGCUCUUGGUAAGGAAAAUGGUCAAAAGGUUCAUCAUAAUGUUCAUUUCCUGUGAUUAGCACAGAAUUGGAAUCACAAAAAUAAAAUAACAUGUUAAAAGGUCAUCUGUAGUUUAGAAUUAUAACCAGUGGCGAAUGAAAAAAAUGAGAGAAGGGGGAGAGGUUGAGGCAAAUCCUGUUGAAAUUAUUCAUUAAUUAAUGAAAAUAAUUGCUUAUUAAUAUUAGGUAAUCUGGGACAAUCUGUACAGCACAGCGUCAGCAAGAGACGCUGGUACACUCUAUGCAGCAAGGAAUGUGACAGUUGACCCUCUCAACAACUAUUAUGCAGCAGCUGAUUUUCUAGAUAAAGUCAAUGAUGCACAUUUGAUUGUUGGUGCUCUUGACCAUUUUGGCAUGGAAACAGUAGAAGACGAGCUAAAGAAGAAUUUGUACAGUGGCAUGCAAAUUGAUGUCAAUGCAAAGAGGGAGUAUGUCACCAAAACAAUCAGGCAAUUUGAGGAAAAGCAUAUGGUCAACCAGGUACCAGAACUGAGCCCUGAAGCCCCCACAAGCAAUGAUCUGCGAUGCAGGGAAUGUGGAAGACGAUAUUUGCGCCCGCAUGCCCUAAGAAACCAUGAGCGAGAAAAGCAUGGCAUUAUUCCACCUAGAAACAGUACCAGCAUCAGUCACGAAGGAGAAGACCACAUCCACAACUAUACACACCAACUAUUAGUACUGUUGCUUCUAAGAGCUAACCGCAAUGAUGCAAUUAAGCUAGGCGAUGGAGAGCGUGUGAUCAGAUUGUACAAAUAUUUUGUUGUUUUUCAAGAUUUCCAAAUGCCCAAAAUAUGCCUUUGCAAUGCUGCAUCUCCAAGCACAAGUAAAUUGUUUGCUGACUCCGAGGAUGAGUUAUUCUCUCAUUUGGAACAGGUUCGUGAACCAUCAAGGUGCAAUUGACACAAACCACGCAAUGGAUCUAGACAUUGAACAUGACAACAAGAGCUUCAAGAAUGAUUGUCAUUUCUAUAGGGGCGAGAUAACUGACAAGAGUAUUGAUAGAGAAAGCAGAAGCAUGGAGAAAUCAGAUGCAAUUCUCUAUAAUUUUGACAAGAUCACUUCAGUGAAGAAGCCAUCUGGACAACACACAAGAAUGUCUAUAGAAGAGGACAUAAUGCUUCUUGUUGAGCACAUCAAACCAGAUGUCUUUACAAAAACCCAGGGCGUCUCCACAAAGCAUUUCCUGAUAUGA